ACAAAGGGCCUUAUUUAGGUUGCGCAGGCGCCCGCUGGCCAUUUCGUCUUAGCCACGCAGAAGUCAGGUUUCUGGGUGAGUCUCGGUGGGUCCUCGCUUGCAGUUCAGCGACCACCUUUGUUUCGACGCCGGACCGCGUAAGAGACGAUGAUGUUGGGCACCGAAGGCGGAGAGGGAUUCGUGGUGAAGGUCCGGGGCUUGCCGUGGUCUUGCUCGGCCGAUGAAGUGCAGAGGUUUUUUUCUGACUGCAAAAUUCAAAAUGGGGCUCAAGGUAUUCGUUUCAUCUACACCAGAGAAGGCAGACCAAGUGGCGAGGCUUUUGUUGAACUUGAAUCAGAAGAUGAAGUCAAAUUGGCCCUGAAAAAAGACAGAGAAACUAUGGGACACAGAUAUGUUGAAGUAUUCAAGUCAAACAACGUUGAAAUGGAUUGGGUGUUGAAGCAUACUGGUCCAAAUAGUCCUGACACGGCCAAUGAUGGCUUUGUACGGCUUAGAGGACUUCCCUUUGGAUGUAGCAAGGAAGAAAUUGUUCAGUUCUUCUCAGGGUUGGAAAUCGUGCCAAAUGGGAUAACAUUGCCGGUGGACUUCCAGGGGAGGAGUACGGGGGAGGCCUUCGUGCAGUUUGCUUCACAGGAAAUAGCUGAAAAGGCUCUAAAGAAACACAAGGAAAGAAUAGGGCACAGGUAUAUUGAGAUCUUUAAGAGCAGUAGAGCUGAAGUUAGAACUCAUUAUGAUCCACCACGAAAGCUUAUGGCCAUGCAGCGGCCAGGUCCCUAUGACAGACCUGGGGCUGGCAGAGGGUAUAACAGCAUUGGCAGAGGAGCUGGCUUUGAGAGGAUGAGGCGCGGUGCUUACGGUGGAGGCUAUGGAGGCUAUGACGAUUACAAUGGCUAUAAUGAUGGCUAUGGAUUUGGGUCAGAUAGAUUUGGAAGAGACCUCAAUUACUGUUUUUCAGGAAUGUCUGAUCACAGGUACGGGGAUGGUGGCUCUACUUUCCAGAGCACAACAGGACACUGUGUACACAUGCGUGGAUUACCUUACAGAGCUACUGAGAAUGACAUUUAUAAUUUUUUUUCACCACUCAAUCCUGUGAGAGUACACAUUGAAAUUGGUCCUGAUGGCAGAGUAACUGGUGAAGCAGAUGUCGAGUUUGCAACUCAUGAAGAUGCCGUGGCAGCUAUGUCAAAAGACAAAGCAAAUAUGCAACACAGAUAUGUAGAACUCUUCUUGAAUUCUACAGCAGGAGCAAGCGGUGGUGCUUACGAACACAGAUAUGUAGAACUCUUCUUGAAUUCUACAGCAGGAGCAAGCGGUGGUGCUUAUGGUAGCCAAAUGAUGGGAGGCAUGGGCUUGUCAAACCAGUCCAGUUACGGUGGCCCAGCCAGCCAGCAGCUGAGUGGAGGUUACGGAGGCGGCUAUGGUGGCCAGAGCAGCAUGAGUGGAUACGACCAAGUUUUACAGGAAAACUCCAGUGAUUUUCAAUCAAACAUUGCAUAGGUAACCAAGGAGCAAUGAACAGCAGCUACUACAGUAGUGGAAGCCGUGCAUCUAUGGGCGUGAACGGAAUGGGAGGGAUGUCUAGCAUGUCCAGUAUGAGUGGUGGAUGGGGAAUGUAAUUGAUCUGUCCUGAUCACUGACUCUUUUAAGGUUUUUUUUUUUUUUUUUUUUUUUUAAGAAAAAAAACUUCAGUUUAACAGUUUCUGCAAUACAAGCUUGUGAUUUAUGCUUACUCUAAGUGGAAAUCAGGAUUGUUAUGAAGACUUAAGGCCCAGUAUUUUUGAAUACAAUACUCAAUCUAGGAUGUAACAGUGAAGCUGAGUAAACUAUAACUGUUAAACUUAAGUUCCAGCUUUUCUCAAGUUAGUUAUAGGGUGUACUUAAGCAGUAAGCGUAUUUAGGUAAAAGCAGUUGAAUUAUGUUAAAUGUUGCCCUUUGCCACGUUACAUUGAACACUGUUUGGAUGCAUGUUGAAAGACAUGCUUUUAUUUUUUUGUAAAACUCAAUAUAGGAGCUAUGUCUACAAUUAAAAGUGAAACAUUUUGGCAUGUUCGUUAAUUCUAGUUUCAUUUAAUAACCUGUAAGGCACGUAAGUUUAAGCUUUUUUUUCUUUUUUUUUUUUUUAAGUUAAUGGGAAAAUUUUGAGACGCAAUACCAGUACUUUAGGAUUUUGGUCUUGGUGUUUGUAUGAAAUUCUGAGGCCUUGAUUUAAAUCUUUCAUUGUAUUGUGAUUUCCUUUUAGGUAUAUUGCGCUAAGUGAAACUUGUCAAAUAAAUCCUCCUUUUAAAAACUGCA